AUGACUGAACUCACCCCGAGCACGCUCUGCAGCGCGUGCCAGCUGAUUUUCCAAGAGAGCCAUGCUUCCAGGUCGGACUCGACGGGAGAAAUCCCCCACCAUGGGCUGGAAGCACUCGCGUCGCGCGCGAGUCAAUGCCACUUGUGCCUGACGGUAUUCAUGUCGAUUGACCCAGACGCCUACCGGACGUUCCGGAGUAAAGGGUCGGCCGUCGACUCGGUCGGGUUUGCGUGGAUCUCACCCAUUGCGAGAGAUCAAGCGCGAUUGAAGUUCCGCUACGUGAAGCCCGCGAAGGCGCCGACGUCGCCGGAGGAGAACAAGGAGAACAGAGGUCCGACGCCGAGCAGUAAUGGUUCCAAGGCGAGUCUGGUGUUGAAUUGGGAAGAGACCACGGGACUGGUGGUCGAGUUGAUUCUGAUGAAUCCGAAAUACGCUGUUGAACCUGGCGUGCGCACAAUCGACGCCAGAUCGGUCAGCACGGCAUCGCAGGAGACCAUCGAACUUGCCAAACAAUGGAUUCAAGACUGCACCUUUAACCACAUGAAAUGCUCCGUCUCGGCAAACCCGGACGCGUCGACCUGGAAGCCGACGCAUCUCCUGGACGUCUCUGUCAAGGGCCCCAGGGGUGUUCCGGGUCUGAAACUGGUGGAUGGCAUGUUCGCCGACCCGUUGAGUGAGUACGUGACCUUGAGCCACUGUUGGGGGAAAACCAAGACGAUUCGACUGCACAAAGGCACGCUUUCCGCGCUGAGGCAGGGUGUCAGCUUGAGUAGCUUGCCCAAGACAUUUGCAGAGGCGGCGUCGGUGGCGGACAGGCUUGGAUUCCGCUACCUCUGGAUUGACGCGCUCUGUAUCCGGCAAGAUAGCGAGGCGGACGUGCUGGCCGCGAUGGGUCAGAUGCACAGAGUGUAUUCCGAAGCGGCGCUCAAUAUAGCGGCCACGUCGUCGAGGGACGAUGCGGCGGGCCUGAUCAACACGCGCAACGUGGCUGCUUUGCAACCGUGCAUCGUCUCGGUCAACGCCAGCCUAGGCGUCGACGAGGGCAUGUACAAGAUCCUCCGCUCCACACUGUGGCACGAUCUUGUGGACGCGUCUCCUCUGUCGAAACGCGCGUGGGCGUUCCAGGAGCGGUGUCUCGCCAAGCGCACCCUGCACUUCACGCGCAACGAAGUCUUCUGGGAGUGCCAGCAGAUGUGCUGCUCCGAGGUGUUCCCCAAGGGUCUGCCGGCGACGAUGCGGCCGCCGUCGUCGCAGGAACACGAAGAAUUCUUCAGCAAGAGAAUCCACCACCAACGGCACGGCAACUGGCACCAGCUGGUCCAGAUGUACUCGCCCAAGCGCCUCACGUAUGCGUCGGACAAACUGCUGGCCCUCACGGGGCUGGCGAAGCAGUACAUGGCCAGAAACCGCCUCCACGCGGACGACUACCUCGUCGGCAUGUGGAAGCCGCAAUUACCACACGCAUUACUCUGGCGGGUGGAGCAGGGCCGGCGACCGACGAGAUACCGCGCCCCGACGUGGACGUGGGCGUCCAUCGACGGUGCGGUGCGAUACCCGGAACCGGCGACGUCGCAGCGCGAGACGUGCAUCGAGAUCAUCGACCUGGACGUGAACUAUCAUCCGGCGGGCGACCACUUUGGCAUCGUCGAGAGCGCCAAGAUGAAAGUCCGCGGGUUCAUGGCCAGGGGCCUCCUGCGACGGACGCACGACUACUGGGGCCGGACGCCGUGCGUGGUCCAAUGCACGAAAGCCCAGGUUGAGCUGGAGAAUGCGAGUUUCGACGAUCGCCUGCCCAAGCUGAGUGACGCGAGCUCUGGCAUGUUGUGCGAGAUGCUGGAGAUUUACCUCUUGCCCGUGAUCGACGUGGUCGAUCGCGUCGAGGGCCUGCUGUUGUGUGCGACGAUGAAGAAAGGGGAGUUCCGGCGGAUCGGGUGUUUCGACGUGUCGACGCACGACCAGGUCAAUUGGGAUCGGUUCCGCAGUGUCAUGAAGGGCGACGCGGAGAUGAACAAUUACCUGGAGCGGCUGGACCAUGCCAACGGGUACUGGUUUGCCAGUGAUUACACAUAUACGAUUAAUGUCGUCUGA